AUGGCGGCAAUGAGGACGAUGACGAAUUUGAUCCUGCGCGAGUUUAUCCACCAUCCACUUCUCUUCCACUCUUCAUCGAAAUCGUGUCAAUUUCUCUUGCCAUCUCUCCGUCGCACUCCUCGGAUUGCUCUGGUUCAUCACUCGAAUUCCCGAUUCGGAUCCUUCCGAUGUGCGGCGUCAACCUCCGGCGGUGGUCGGAAAGUUUCGUCACGGCUAUCUCAGGUGCAGCAGAUCCUUCACGAGGCUACGGAGAGGGCUAAUUCCGCCGGCAAUGAACCUACUCCUCAAAUCACUCUAGACCAUGUUACACUUAACUUUGCUAGAAGUGGUGGUCCUGGAGGCCAGAAUGUGAACAAAGUGAAUACCAAAGUGGAUAUGCGCUUCAAUGUGAAGAACGCGUAUUGGUUAAGUGACAGAAUCAGAGAGAAAAUCAUACUGACGGAGAAGAAUCGGAUCAAUAAGGAUGGUGAGCUUGUGAUAUCUUCAACCAAAACAAGAACGCAGAAAGGCAACAUCGACGAUGCACUUUCAAAACUACAGGCGAUCAUUGACGCGGCCUCGUAUGUUCCACCACCACCAUCAGAAGAACAGAAGAAGAAAAUUGUCAAAAUGGCUGCGAAAGCUGACGAUAAACGACUCAAAAGCAAAAAAGUUCUUUCGGAUAAGAAAGCUGCAAGAAGAGACCGAAGCAGUUGGGACUAA